AUGGAGGUCUUCAUUCUGCUAGUCCUCAGUUUCUGCUGCUGCCGUGCCGGUCCUGUGCCAGCCGAAGAGGAGGACUGCAACGCCCCCGAUGUCUUCAACGCAGUGGAUCUAGCGCUGCAGAAAUUCAACCGGGAGAGAGCGUUCGGCAACCAGUUCGCUCUCGUUGUGGUCACCGAAGCCAGGAGAACAGCAGGUCUCAGGCCCGGUGUGAGUUUCCUUGUUGUAAAGUACAAGAUAAGGGAGACCAUUUGUGCCAUUGGUGGAGGCAUCCCUUGGCAAAACUGCGAUUUCAGAGGACACUUCGAGGCAGAUUCAGGGGAGUGUAAUGCUCAAAUUUUCAUUGACAACUUCAUCAACUUUUCCAAUGUUUCACAGGAAUGCAGAGUUAUCCCAGCUGAAGGUAAGGUGACUGCAACACGCGUCACGUGUACCGGUUGUUGGAGCGCUCUCGCCACCGACAGUCUGGAGCUGCUGCCCCUGGUGAGACUCACCAUACGGCGCUUUAACAACCAAGACUACCACUCCUCCUUGUUUGAAGUUUUGGAAAUAACACAAGCCCAAAGGCAGGUUGUAGCAGGAUGGAAUUAUGCAUUUGAGUAUUUGUUACAAGAGACAAAUUGCUCCAAGGCUGAAUUUCCGGAUCUGACUCCAGCAUGCAAGCGCAUUCCUGAAGGUCGUUUAGGUAAAUGCAUAGCUAAUGCCCAUAUCAACAUUACAAACGGCCUUUCGUAUGCCGUGCAGGAGUGCGCGCUGCAAGUGGUCAAUUCAACAUCACACCUGCGUGGAGAUAUGCUGGACAUAAACGGAUUCCAGGAAGAUGUUGUUUCUCCCGUUCGUAGCUGUCCAGGUUGUCCCAAGCGCCUUGCGACUAACAGUACAGAACUGGAGAAGCCACUGAGGGCAGCCCUGGAGAAGUAUAACUCAGAGAGCAACAACGAAGCCUAUUAUAAAGUGGAACAAAUAUUAAAAGCUGAAGUCCAGAUUGUGGCUGGAACUAAAUACAACAUAGCAUUUGACAUUGUGAAGACAAACUGCUCUAAGGUGGACUUCCAGGAGCUGAAUGAAGACUGCAGCGCUGAAGAAAAUGGAUAUGCUGCCUGGCCUCCAGGAAUGACCCCUUUCCGAUCGCUUCUGGUUCGCAACGGACUAAGUUCACCCCUUAUGAAAAGCGAGGGAAUGGCCAGAAAUCGAACAGCUGGAAAUCAUCUCCCUGGCUCACGAAGAGGUCUGGGGGCUGCGCCAUCCCGUGGCUUGGGACGCAGACAGGGACAAGGACAAACAAAAGAUGCAAUCUCACCGAAACGAGUCGCCAGAGCCCUAGAAGAUCCGCCAUCCCCUGCAAAGCCUUGUCAGCAAGAGGAAGAGCCCAAUGAAGGUGGUGCUGGGUGUCCCGCAUCUCCCGAUUUUUCUAUGUUGGAUUUACUCCCAGAAUCAGACGCCCCCAAGUGCCCAGGGAAACCAUGGAAGCCGAUUAUCGCUGUCCCAACCAUCGACCCGGAACCAGUUGCUGAACAGCAGGAAGAAGCCUCAUCUCCCGCAACACAAGAUUUCAAUUUGGCCGAUGCGCUCUUUAACAAUUAA